GCCCUUGUGCCGGAAAUGAAACCCAGUGAGGUGGCCGCUGUCGCCCCCACGUCACCGAUCCGAAAGUGCCGGCAUGACGAGAGAGCGCCGCCGAGGACAACGCCCCAAUCUUCCACCGAUUACGACAUACCGUGGCGUUCGUACACGGACGCUGAGCGCAUUCACAUUUUGACUGUCCUGCGUCGCGACGUGGAACUCCGUCAAAUCGAACUGGAACGCGUACGCCGUUUAAAGACGGAGCUGCAGUUCCUGAGGAAGAAAGGCGCCCUGAAGACGUGCACGACAGAGUCUCAGGCGGUGACAAUAGCGGCUGGAACAGCCGCCGAUCCUCACAACGGACGAUGCUGCGCACGAUGUCGGACCGGCCUCGGCCGCAUCAUCAAUCGCGGCGCCCUCUGCAAAUCCUGUCGCCAGCGGGUCUGCAAAGCCUGCCGUGAAUACAAUGUGCCAAAAGCUUCCGGUUCCACUGGCGGCACCGACUGGGUCUGCACCGUUUGCUACAAAACAGCCAGAUCGGUGGAAGCGGCUACGGGUGAAUGGAUGAAUUCUUUUAUACGACGGCCUAGCCGGCAGCGAUUCAGCAAAGAUGGGGUCGAUGCUGGAGACAUUGUGGCCAGGGGCAUCCGACGCAGCUGGACAAUAUCAAAUCCGUCCAGCUCGAAAGAAGAAGGAGGCAUUUCGACGGAACGGGUCCAAGUUUACCAUCAACAACAGUCGCCACAGCUGCACCGCCAGCGAUCGACGAUGGCCAAACAACAACAAGAGCAAGGAGCCGGCAAUAAGGCGACGGACGACGAGAAUCGACCUCCUACAGCUGCAGGUGCAGGAGGUGGAGGAGGCAAUGGCGGCCUUGUGUGGGAGCCUCGCGAUCCGCCGCUCCAGUACAGCAUCAUCGCGCAACAGCAGCAACAACAGCAACAGCAGCAGCAGCAGCAGCAGCAGCAGCAGACGCACAAUCACGGCGUGAUCAAGUCACGCUUGGAGCCGAGACGCUCGGCCAGUCUUUCCCAGGCCGAUUUGGUCACCUACGACGGGAAAGUGCUCGGCCGUCUCCAUCCGCACCCGAGUCAAUCACCUCAGCGUCCUCCGCCGCCGCAAGAAUCGGCCGCCAAUCGCUACCAAGAGUAUUACGAAACCAAGUACGAAAAACCCGUCCGGCGCGGAUUAACUCCCGACGUCGGGCCGGGCAUGGGUGGCCAACAGCAACAGCAGCAACAGCGGGGCCGGCCGAUUCUACCUGGAAUCGAUGUCGACACCAUUUGGAAAUCCAGAUGGAGAUCGACGUCGCCUCCUCCGGCGCCCGUCGACGAUUGGCUGCCCAUCAAACCGCCUCAACUCGCCUGGGCCAAACCCGUCCAGCUGCCGGCCAUGGUCGAAUUGCGGAGCAGCAGGAAGACGUCGCGGAUACCCCUGCCGCACAAUCCGAUGGCCAAUCCCAUGGCCAGGAGCAUGUCCGGCGACAUGGAUCACAUGAUCUACCUGGAACGGGACCUGCCGGCCGACGCGCGGGUCAUGUUCCGCGAGAGGACGCGCAGCAUCGACCGAGGCCUGGCGCAGCACCACCACCACAAUCAGCAUCCGCAUCAUCAGCACCAUCCGCGCAUGGCGUACAAAACAUACGAGGAGGAACUGGCCGACUACCACGGCCGGACGGGCAGUGUCGAUCGUUUAGCCAGCGGCAGUCAUCGAGGCCGGCCGAGAACCAUCCGAAUGGGCACGCAGAGCCAUCAAGUCGGACGGAGCGUGCCGGCGUCGUUGGAGCGACGCCACAACGAAGAUCGCUCCAGUAGCCGCAGACGGCCGGAAAGCGGAGAUUCCAGCAACUCAUCCGGCACGCGUCAGCAGAGCUCUUCGCGAAGGGGAAGCAGCUCGACGGCCGACGUCAGCAACGAUACGGCCGGCGGGAAGUCGGCCUCGCGGAACAGCAACGUCAAUCGCGUCUACAUCGACGGCCAACAUCAAGAGCCAGAGCCGGUCGUCUUGCGCAAUCCAUCCUCGUCCGCCAUCCGCGUCACGAUGACGGACACCCGAUCGCUCAAACGGCCGACAAACAACAGAGGCGGACAAUCUCAGGCUCAUCUGCAUCAGAUGAGCGAAUCAUCGACGAUGCCGCGGAUGAGCAAACGGCACGGCCUCGCCCACAGCCCGCACCGAGUGAUGGGCGUCGUCCAGCCUCAACACCAUCACCACGCUGGAACGACGACCGUCUACCUGGCUCAAGAUCAAGAGUCGCAACAAGGCGCGCCGUCGUCUGUCCGCCAUCACGCCAUCGAGGUGGAGCCGCAGCACGGCGCCUACCGCAACAAGACGACGACCAAGCGCAUCAAGACCGACGCCGAUGGACAAGGUCAAAAGCCAUCGAUCAAGAAGGCCGUCGUCAGUCCAAUCAAGAGGACAACAACGCGGACAACGGAGGACAGGAUAACGCUCACCAAAGAAGUGAGGGAAGUGGGUAACUCUAGCAAUACGUCGAGAAUCGCGACGGUGGCGCCCAUGUCGAUCGUGACGGCCGAACCGGCGCAAAUCGUCGUCGAUUACGGCGACGGACGUGAAGACGAGGAGGAAGGCUCGGUCAUGACGAUGAUGCAAGACGCGUCCGUACAAACCAGCGAAACGGGCCAAGAUUAUCAGGAAACGGACGACGAACGAAGCGACGUGACGGUUCGACAGAGGAGGCCUCCGGAAGAGGAGGAAGAAGACAUGGGCGUCGGUGCGGGUAGAGGUGCAGGCGGGUCGGACGAAUCCGACGGCACCAACGAAGAGAUUUCGCGUUGCACGAAAAGGACGAAUCGCGAACAGCAAUCGAGCGAGCAACGAACCGUGACGGCGCAGAGUCAAACGUACCCCAACAGCAGCGACACGGCCAGCGAAAUCGGCGGCCUCCUGGACAGCGAUAAAAUGCAUCCGGAAGGCGACGAUUACAAGAUCGUCUUCAUCAGCUCCGACUCGUCCAAAUCCGGCGAUUCGCUAGAGGGCAGUUUCGACGAGAUGGCCGGCGAGCAUUUGCACAGCCAUUCGCGUCAGACGUCCAGCAGCAUGCACGACUCCGAGUCGGCCGCCGGAUUCAUCGACGAAAGCGACUGGGAUUUCUUCGCCGCUAGAGGGCAGCAGCAGCCUCAACCGCCUCUUGCCGCCGUACCUAUUCAACAACAACAGUUACCGGAACUGCAACAAUUGCAAGCUACUAAACCGGCAUUACCAGUCACUGUCACCAACACGGGCACUUGUUCCAGUUCCGGUUCGGCUAUCGUUCGUCUGCGUGGCGUAGCGACCACGGAUGACAGCAGUCAACGGUCAUCGUUCGGCAUCGAGUCGCCGAGGACCUUUAUGAUGGAUGAUUUCAACUACGGCUGGACGAGUGCCGAUGAAACAGUCAGUCAGCGCGGGUCAACCAUCGACGAUUGUUUACCUUGGUCCAGCAUGGUGACGUACGCCUCCCGCCAAGUGCAGACCGACUUCGACGCUAGUAGUGUCAGUGUGGAUUUCGAAGCCGAAACGUUCAAUUCCGAGUACGAGAGCAUGAGCCAUUUUAUCAGAGACGGACCACCUCCGCCACCUCCUCCACCGUCUCACAUGAUGACGGAACAUUUCGUGCCCAUUUGGCAGGUGCCGGCCAGUUCGCGUUCCAGCACUCACAGCCUUCAUUCGCUUCUCAGUGAAACGACGGCAACGAAUCAGAGCUCUGCUGGUGGUAGUAAGCUUCGGAGCUAUUUCAGCCGUUCUGAUUCCAAAAGAUCCAGCGGUGAACGUUCGGUGGAAGAGCUCAGCUAUCACGAUCACAUCCUCUCGCUUGAACCUACCAGCAACAGCUUUAUUUCCAGCUUGUAUUCUCCAGAAGGAAUGGCUUUGCCUGGUUUCCAGGAAUACCGUGAUCGAAUCUUCACCGAGAUCCAGGCUUAUACGGCCAAAGGUGACUGGAACUUGACGAAUGCCAUGUCUUCUCCGGUUCCCAGUUCACCAGAACUACUGCGUAAUACGACACACCGACAGGGCAAUGGCCGACCGGGCAGUGGCAAUUCCAGUUGGCUAGCCGGUCCCCUGCUGGGCAAAAUCAACAACACCUAUCGAAUUCGACCGACAGGUUCGCGAGUUGCGGUUGCUCCGGCCGCCAAGAGGUGGCGCUGCACUGCCUCUGGUGACAUUUCGCCGCCAGCUGUUCAUGCAAGCGAAGUUUCAGCAUCUGCGCCACGAAUCGACUCGGUCCAACUGAGUCAGCAGUGUAGCCACGCUUUACCCGACCAGCAGCUUCGUGCUAGAGAAGAAAACGGACACUUUCACUUGAAUGGUCAGAAGGGCAAUCACGCCAGUCGACCAAGCACCAGCACCAACACCAACAACAUUCGUCUUCCAUCUCCGUCUUCCCGAGUAGAAAGUCGUAGUAGUGCUGCCUUAGUGCCCCAAUCGAUACAAAGCAGUGCCGCCCCUAUUGAUAAUCAAAGCACAACGUUCGUGACAGUGAAUCAGCAUCCACCAGAGGAGGUAACAUUGCCAGUCCAUUCCAGUUCGUCCCAACAAAGCUAUACCAGUGAUCAUUCAUUACUGUGUGUAGCAGAAGCUGCUGCUGCCAACACAUCGGUGCAAGCAAAUCCAAGCCUUCAACGAAAUCUGUCCAGUCAACAAGCUCAAGUGGUUGAAAGUAGUCCACCUUGGAAAUCUGGGCCACCUCAUCGUACACAAACACCUCCUCCUCCCACACUCCCACCACCAGCAGCUGUUGGCGACCAUUCAUCGUCGCCACUGUCUUCAGCCAUCGACGGCUCAGUGGCCAUCGUCGCCAAAACGAGUAGCAAUGCUACGAGCGCUGGGGGCCCGUACUGCCCCCCUUUCCCUUCGGUCGCCACCAGCACCACGGCCGCCGCCGCCGAGGAGCCGAUGGAGAUUCACGACGACGACGAUGUAAUCAGCCAUUGUUGUGCUCCGCCGCUCUCAGCCGCUUCCUGCCCCCACAUUAACAGCCCCCGGGCGCCCCUACCGCCGCCAGAAUCAGCUGGCCUUGAUUCCCCUCCUCUGACUCCUCUCACACUGCAGCCGCCCCUUUCUCCUGGCCCAGUUGCUGCACUCACUGGAACGUCUGACGGGAAAAACGAAGACGAAAUAGAAGAGGACAUUGCCCAACUCGGGCCCGAGUGUCCAUUCAACGUCAUGCCUCAUUUAUAUUCCGUCAACGGACAUCACGAAGAUGAUGGAAAUAAAGAAGGGAAGGAAGUGAAAUCCUUUGUUGUGGCCACCACCACCGCCACCCAACCGAAAGGGGUAGAAAUAAUACGGUCAGUUGUGCUACAUCCCAAUGACACAACUCUGGUAGCCUCGGGUGCUUCGUUCGCCCCGAGAGCUCCCUGGCAGCAACACGAGCAAGACGUAACGGCAAACGACAACCACGACGACCAACAGGCACACGGUGCGGCCAACCAAGGAGGAAAAAUAGUCGAAGGCAACGCCAUGUCCAGCCCGGAACGGGCCUCUUCAUCGUCUCUGUUGACACCGCCAUCCAGCAGCAACAGCAGCUCACGUUUCGAAGUGUUAGCAGCCGAAUUGUCUUCUCCUGCUGGCCUUACUCACAACGAAGGCAAGGGUCGGCCACUUCGCCUCUUGAGCUCCGAUUCGGAUGUGACGGAAACGACUAGCGGUGACGAUGACAGUAGCAACGGAGCUGGCGGCGGAUUCGACACAGAUUCCCAGCAGGAGACCGUACUAGGAGGUCUGAACAGCGCCGCCUACAACGACCUGCGCCAAUUCGCCAUCAAACAAUCGAGCAGCCAAAAGGAAGUGGCUGCGACUGUUGCCAAUUCAGUUCCAUUGGAUCCACAAUCGGACACGGAUAGUUCCAGUUCCAUUAGCAGCCAACAACCGCCAGCGAAACGAAGCAGCGGCGGUGGGAGUAGCGUCACUGCAUCGCCAGUCCUUAGCGACGGCCGGCUAACGCCGCGCAGACAGUACACCAGCUACGUUCUCAUCAAGGGUGGCAAUAGCGGAAAGACGAGCAGCGGAAGUAGCAGUGAUCACGUGAUUAGCGACGAUGAGAGCGGCGUGACCGUCACUCUUCCCAGAGAGCCCGUAACGGCGGCGUGUGUCGUCGAGGUCCCAGCGCCGUCGCCUACGGUAGUUGAUUGGACGGCCGGAGAAGGAGGCGGAAGCGAUUCGGAAACGAACGAAGAGUCAGGCUCGUGUGUCACGAUAUCUGGCAAUGGCGUCCUGACAGAUCACGAUUUGGCUACCAGCGACGAAGACGAUAUGAACAGCGAAACGAAUGGCAUGUCGUCGAAAUUAGCCAAGUAUUUUACGUAUGAACUGGAAUCGACCGCUGGCUACACGGCCGAUAAUUCUGCCCGCAAACAACCGGUCGUUCACCGCAAUCCAAUUGAAAUGCGAUCUCCUUCUUCGCCCGAUCCUUACAGCGGCCUUAACGAACGAGAAGAACUGGAUGAAGAAGAAGAAGAGGUCAGCCUCACAUCCAUAGAAGAUCAAGAUGCGUCUCAGUCUCACAGCAUGGAACAAGAAACGCUUCACUACGAGUCUGAUCCGUCCGACUCUCGUUUGGAUUCCAUCAACGACGACGGAGAGUCGCUCUACUCCGAAUCCGGCGCCUCCUCCAGCGACGAAGUCUACAUGGACCAGGAAGAGGAGUUGAGAGGUUACAAUCAAAGAGCCAUCGACUUCACUUUGCACACGAUCCUGGAGGAGAGCUGCGAGGAGAGCGACGGCGGAGGAGAGAGGAGGUCUCGAAUGGGCGGAGACCGUCGCAGCAAAGAGCCGUCGGAACUGGAAAAGUAUUUCACUCAGGGUCUCGGCUCCAACUCGAACGCUGGUGCCCACGAUCAGGAUGGCACCGGCCCCAAAAGGAGAACGAGUUUCGCCAACGAAGAGAGCGAAUACAGCGACACGUUCUCCGAGACGUCCAGUUCCAUCUACUCGGAAGGCAGAAGCGGUGGCGAAGAAGAAGAUGAAACCGAUCCGGUUGAACUGGCGUCAUCGCGCCUCGAAAAAUAUUUCCGCACCAAUUUUCUCGGCCUGGAAGGUGCCGGUGGUCACGGCAACAGGUCAGAAAUGUUGGGCCAGCCCGGAAACAACACCUCGUCAGAUGGAAGCGAAAGCGUUGGCAGUGACAGCGAAGGGCAUCCGAGCCCGGAGCAGCAACGCCGCAAGAAGGUGAUGAAGACGCGCGGCCUACGAGGCCAUCAGAUGCAAGCCGCAGAUUGGAGCCGAUCGAGUCUUGUUGGCAGCGACCUCGAUGACGGUGGCCAGUCCGACAGUCUCUCCACAGAUCCCGAUUCUCUGCCGCUGGACAGCCUUCACGAUCAUUCGCUGUCCUCGUCUCCAUCCGGAGAUGAUGUCGACGACGACGAUGAGGAAGAAGAGGAGAUUGUCAUGGAGAAGACGGACGGCCAGUUUGACACCAUCAAGCGGCGUAAGAAGAAGCGGAGCGCCGGCGACGCUAAUCAGCAGGCCGUGGAGAAGCAGAUGGCCAUCAUAGAGGAUCAGGCAUCUUUGCAGCAGGCUAACGUUACCGCUGACGAUAUGGAAAAGACCCUGGAAACUGUCAAUGACCAAACGAAGAAUCCGCAAGAGCCUCCACCGGCGGCUGUCGUUGCCGAUGAGAUUCAAACUGCCGCCGUUGCUGUCGCUGCCGCACCCGCUUCCGCCGGCGGUUUGGACCCUAAUUGCCCGCGCAAGUAUCAGAGCCGCGAUAGCGGAUUUGUCGGCAGCUGCGACGACCUGCUCAACGACUCGCAGAAGGGCAUCCGCCAGCGGCUGUCGUCCGAGUCGGGCGGCAGCUCGGACGGAGCUACCGACGAAAAAACGAAAAAAUCCGCCGCUGCAUUGGCACCUUCCGCCGACAACGAUUUCGCCGGAUCGAACACAACGUUGGUUAACAAACCAGACGAGAGCGAUUCGAAAUCGGGUAAAAGCGUGGGAAGUAGCGGCUCUUCUGGCGACCACGGCGGAUCACUGACGUCCACCUCGCAGUCGUCCAAGAGCGGCAAACUCAGCCGGAAGGACAGUUUCAACAACUGGAGCUCGGACGAGGAGACGAACCUCAUGAUGAACAAGAUGCGAGCCUUUUUCCGCAACAUGGUCUCUGGCGGAGGAGACGGCGGAGGGGAGAAGGUCAAGCCGCCUCAGUUGGUCGUUUUCGAAACCGAGUUGACCCGCCUCAUGAAAUCCGUGCCGGGCAUCAACGACCAGCAAGUCAAGGAGAUUGUCGAGUACCUGAGUAGCGAGGACACGUGGAGUGACAGCUACGACUCUUCCGACUACACGAGCAGCGACCUGGAAGCGGCCGGAGCCGUCCUGGACCAAUCGACCUUAUUGCCUGAGCUCUUGGGCGCCGACAGGUCGGAUCUCCAACAACAGAUCUCGGCCAGCUGUCAGGAAAUCAUCGAGAAAUUCGAUCUCGACCGGAGCCCCGACGGAUCGCAUUUGCAAAUCGACGCCGUCGGCUCCGCUCCGUGGCUUCAUAUGGGCCAAGUUGACGACGCGAGCAACUCUCUUAACAAAGAAACCGCCUUCGUUUACCAACGACUUGUCAAUUCUCUGAUGCGUUUGAACAGUGGACCAAAGCAGCCGGCCACUAGCACAACAGCGUCAUCAGUGGCACCUGCCACAGCUGGACCGAGCUCGGAGGAGGCUUCCACUAGCCAACAACAGCCGCAUCAAAACUCGCCGCCCAUGAUCGCAAAAGUCUUGCAUCACAUUGGUAACCGUCUCGUGGCAUUAAUGCACGAAGUCUCAGCCAGUAGCCCGGACACGACUUCGCAUUCCGGCAGCCUGGACGAAGAUGCACAAUCCGCCAGCCGUUUGAAAGAACUCCGAUUGGCUGCUCACUUUGAACCGGUGACCUCCAGUCCACGUUUGCCAAAGGUCGGCCGUUUGUACGUCAGCAACAAAGACCAUCACAGUUGCGAUGAUAAACGAUCGCUAUCGACCAGCAUCGACUCUGAAGACACUCCAACCGACACGGAACAGUCGCCCGACUCGUCGGACGACAGCCGGAAUCGCAAGAAGAACGGCGACGCUUCCAACAGCAACAUCAAAUACGGAUUCGAGAGCUUGCACACUUAUGAGAAACGGAUGUCCUCCUCGUUGCCUCCUCAAUUGGUAGCCAUUGAGCAACAACAACAGCAGCAGCAACAACAACCCCGUAGUAGCAGCAGCAGCCUCCGUGGAGAUGGAUUCGCUUCUCUUCCGGAGGAGAUCAGCCGCAGCAGUGGCAGUUUCAUUAGCGGCGGCUCUCGCAGCCUCAAAGCCCGUCUCGCCGAACGUGCCCGAACACUCGAGGCCGAACGGAGACGGAUGGCCGAGGAGCAGCAGCAGCAACAACAGCAGCAGUUGCAAGAAAUGAGCGUUUCCGCCGCGGCCGCUGCCGCCGUUUCCGUCGAAGAAGACCCCGCCGACGAGGAUCGUUUCUACAAGAAAGCUCGCAAACUUCCACGCUUUUCCCUAUUCGCCCGGACGUCGCGAGAGAGCGCCAACAGAGAGGCUCUCCAGUCGUCCAGCAGCGGCGUCUCGGACAUUGCCGAAGAGAAGGAAGACGAGUUUUCCGGCUGGCGUAGCAGUUUCGAGUCGGCCAUCGCGGCCGAUUCGCGGACCAAACUCUCUUUGGAAGCCAAAAGGCGGAGUGCUGGAUCGGCGUCAUCGAGCGAGCUGUUUGCAAGCACGGGCGAGUUGCUAGACCGAGAUUCUUCACGCGGAUUGCGUGUCCGCGGUGCUUCAGCCGGCCACUCGUCCAAGUUCUCGCUUCCGAACCUUCUCGAGAGAGACGCGGUGCGGAUGGCCAGAGAGCGCGACAGAGAGCGAUCGGCCAGCAGCGACGUUUUGCUCUCGACUUCACCAGCAGCCAGCAGCGCCAUGCUCUCCAGCGUUGCCGAUCAACAGAGCGGAGACGGCGAAGAUGAGGAUGGCGGAUGGGAUCGUUUGGUCAUCACCCGUCUCUCUUCCAAGCGCCGUUCCAGCGUGCCGGACACAAGAGAAGAACGGGGAAGCGCCGAGGCGUCCGAGCCGCGGUCCACGACUCUGCCGCGCAGCGCCACCGCUUUGAGCGCCGUGGAGAACGAACUCGACUUGGGGUCGAGCUCGUCGCCCUCCAUUUCUGCCUCGACGGCCGGCGUCAAGAAAUCCCUUUCGCUCUUGCUGAGUCACACGGCCAGCAAUUCCGCAUCGGAGACGAGCCUCAACACGUCAAACGAUGCCACACCAGUCCGUUCGGCCCGUUACAGGCCUCCUGGAUUCCGAAGCCACACUACAGCUUCACCGCAUAACCACCAAGUGGAAACGAUCCCCAAAACUCCUCAGCGCAGUAGUACACCUCAACGUGCUCCAUCUGCCCCCAGGCUGGGUGCCGAAUCUGUCACCCCGCGUUCGUCAGGAUCGGCGGCCUCCUUAUCCAGUCGGCGGAACGUUCGUUCCAUGCUAGCAGAUGAGAGGAGAGAACCAUACUCGUCGAGUCCUUCCUUUGUCCGGGAGGGUCUACGUACGAGCGUAGCCAGCAGCGCGGCCAGCGGCGAGUCCUUCUCCAGUGUAUCAGCCUCUGAUACGCUGGACGAUAGCGAAUUAUCCGUCACGACAGUCAACAAUAAAGCCCGCAGCGCUUCUCUUUCCGCACUUGGCACUCGCAGCGAUUCUAUGGCCAGCGUCUACUCGGCUGCAGGUGAGGCCCGUUACGGUACAGUGGCCGUCCGUGGAGAAAUCCAAUUUGGCUUGCAUUACAAUUACCGCCAGACUGCCCUAGAAGUUUUCGUGAAACAGUGCAAAGACCUGGCCCCUGUAGACACUAAGCGAAAUCGAUCAGAUCCGUAUGCUAAAGUCUAUUUGUUACCUGAUCGCUCCAAGAGCGGCAAAAGAAAGACCAAAGUCAAGAAACACACUCUAUCACCGAUGUUUGAAGAAAAUUUGAAGUUUACAACAUCGCUUUCCGAUUUGGAAAAUCGAACACUGUGGCUUACCGUUUGGCAUAGUGAUAUGUUUGGUCGUAAUGAUUUCCUCGGUGAAGUCACCUUACCACUCGCAGGGCGAAUCUUUGACGACCCGACACCACAUUGGUAUCAACUCCAAGAACGGUCUGAAAUGAUUGAGGAUCCCGGAGUGAUGCCGCUUUACCGCGGCGAUAUGAUUGUUGCGCUCAAAUACAUCCCGGGUGAAUCCUCACCGACCAAAAGAACAAAGAAAUCAAAAGGAGCUCUACAUGUAAUAAUUAAAGAGGCCAAAGGCCUUAUCCCUGCUAGACCCAACGGAAACAUUGAUGCUUUAUGCAAAGGGACACUUCUGCCCGAGAAGGGUAAAACCACGAAACACAAGACCAGCAUUUGUCGUAGGACAUCGAAUCCUGUUUGGAACUGCACCUUCAUUUUUGACGACAUCACUCAUCAAGAAUUGAAAGAGCGCGCUCUAGAAUUGGACAUUUGGAAUCACGACCGGUUGGCUACUAAAGAGUUUCUUGGUGGUCUCCGACUCAACCUUGGCACUGGUUUGUUCCAAGGAAAACCAGUGGAGUGGAUGGAUGCCAGCGGCAAAGAACUAACGCUCUGGCAAAGUGUCGUUGAACGUGCCGGAUUGUGGGUAGAGGGUUCCGUGCCCUUGCGCACAGCGAUGGAACGUCCAUCUGGCGAGUAGAAACACUACGGGUACAUCGAAGAAACAAGACAUUUUCAAACGCAUUAAGGUGUCACUCAAAUCCCGUGGCUUAUGCCUAAAACAAGUGGACACAACAAAAUUGGGCUUUAGAAGAAACGACCAUUGAAUAUUCCCCGUGCGAAACAUUCCAUUCGCAAAUAAUAGUGAAAAAAGACAAUAUUGCAUUCCGCAUCCAUUAUUCCAAAGCCUUAUCAAGAAAAACAGUCUUAGCGUUCGUCACGGUUAACGAAAAAUAAGUGAAUUAGCAAUGCAACGUCGCGAGCUGUUUUACAUUACAGCCUACUCUUGUUGUACAUAAAGAGGCGAACAUUUGGUCGUGCCAUUUGCAAUAUUACCAACUUCCAUCCGUUUUUGUUCUGACAUUUACACUUAUACUUCCUAAUGGAGAAAUCUCCCUUCUAACUGAUGUUUCCGCCUCUUCAGCU